AAACAGCUAAACCCUCUAAUCCCAUUUCUUCCAAUUCCAAUUAUCCAAGCUCCUCUCUGAUCGCGGUCGUCGCACAAUCCGCAAAGGUGACUUGGAAUCAAGUGUUUCUCUACUUCAGCACUAUUAUCAUAGAAUGUCUGUAGAUACUGCUUUAGGUCAUAAGCUCAAGAAAAGACUGAAACUUUCAUCUCUCAACUCUAAUUCUUCUUCUAAAAGAAGCAGUAAAUCCAGUACUCGCCGAAGUGAUGGUGACACAAACCCUCGGAAUAGUAGUAAAACUAAGGUUUCGUCUAUGAAGAAGAAGAGGGUCUACGCCACUAAGACUGAGCUCAAUGAGGAUAACCAUGUGAACGAAAUUCCACGCACAAUUUGGGCUGCAUCAAAGAGAAACCAACGGUCUACUUCUAGUUUUAAGACCACGAAGGAUGCUGCAAAAGCUGCAACAGGUGUGUUUAAAACAAAGUCACCGAGGGGAGAUGAUGAAAAGCCUAUUCGAAAGCAGAGCUACCGGAAGAGAGAUGAAUUGGAUAAAAAUGGAGAUGUGAGCCGAAGGAAAAGCUUGGAUGUGCCGUUAUAUAAGGCUAAAAGGCAGGGAUUUGCAGAGAAGAGAGUCUCGGGCGAUGGUUCAGAUAUUCAGGAGGAUCAACCAAGGAAGAGAAAGAGGAUACGACUAGAUCCCUACGAUACCUCGAAUAAAAGAAUAGAUGAUGAUGUCGUUCUUGAUGAAGGUCGUAAAGAAAAGAAGAAGAACGAUGAUGAAAAAAGUGUAGGAAUGUCGCAAAAUGCACAGUUUCGUGCAAUUCAGCCUAGUCAGUCAAUCCUUUCCUAUGUAGAAGAAAAUCUGUUGGGGCGUAGACGCUUGAAUGAGCUAAAGAAGGCUGGCUACAACACAGAGCUUCCUGCUCCGUUAGAUAAUAUUCCUCAGUCUACCAGCACAGAGAGAGAGCGUAUAGAAGAAAGUGUAUUUAGAAAUAAAAUGGAAUUCUUUGCUGCUGCAAAUGUUUCAUCGUCAUUUCCUCCUCCUCCUGAUAUACCUGAGAUUGCAUUUGCAGGAAGGUCGAAUGUUGGCAAAUCGUCUCUGCUAAAUGCCCUUACCAGACAGUGGGGUGUUGUAAGAACAUCUGACAAACCAGGACUGACACAGACCAUCAAUUUUUUCAAUCUUGGUCCGAAGGUUCGCCUUGUUGAUUUGCCCGGUUACGGCUUUGCCUUUGCAAAAGAUGAAGUUAAGGAAGCCUGGGAAGAUCUUGUAAAGGAAUAUGUUUCAACAAGAAGUAGUCUUAAACGGGUAUGCCUUCUUGUUGACACCAAAUGGGGUAUGAAGCCUAGAGACCAGGAACUUAUUAAUCUGAUGGAGAGAUCGAAUACAAAGUAUCAGAUAGUCUUAACCAAGACAGAUGUGGUUUUCCCAAUGGACGUGGCACGUCGAGCAAUGCAAAUCGAAGAGAAGUUGAAGGCAAACAGGUCAAUUGUCCAGCCUCUGAUGAUGGUGAGCUCAAAAUCAGGAGCUGGCAUAGGAAGCUUAAGAACUGCUCUUGCUAAGAUUGCAAAGUUUGCAAAGUUCUAGGUUCUCGAAACAAGAAAACAAUACCCAAAGCCAGUAAAGGCAAAGAAGAAUACUUUUCAUGGCAUAAAUUAGGGGAAAAAAUGAUAUGUAUAUGUGUUGUGGAAGAGAAGUGAGGAAGCCAAAAUGUUGAGAUAAGGAAGAAUGGUGUGAAUGGUGUGAUGAAGACCCAACUAAGUUAGUGAAAAGUGUCAACAAUCACUAUGGUUUUUUAUUUGUUUACAUCUAUUUGUAUGUCAAAAGCAUCACUGAGAGAGCAAUGAGCAUAAUAUGUUAUGGUCUUUCACGUUCUGACAGAGUAGG